GUCGGAGUGGACCAACGGGCCUUUGUGAAAGGCCGAUCAAUUGCGGAGAAUAUAUUGGUAGCAAUGGGGGCUCUAGAGAUCAUAAGCAAGGAGCGGAGGCAAGUAAUGGUGGCAAUGCUUGAUCUAGAGAAGGCCUAUGGCCGGGUUAACUGGUCAUUCAUCCUUGCCACGUUGGAGCACAUGAACUUUGGGAUUUUAUUCAGACACUGGAUUUCAGCGAUGUACUGUUCUUCAACAGCCUCAGUUAUUGUAAACGGAAGAAGAUCUCAGGAGUUCAUACUAUCAAGGUCUUUACGACAAGGGUGUCCAAUGGCACCACUUCUUUUUGUAAUCCAAAUAGAAGUUCUCCUGAAUUCCCUCAGAGCCGCUCCGUUGGUAAAAGGUCUGCAAUUGGGGGGGGGAGUAGAAGUACUUACUGGAGCAAUCGCUGAUGAUCUGCUUCUUAUUACCGAGGCACCUGCAGAAUCAACAAGGGAAGCCAAAGGAAUUUUGGACCAGUAUGCAACGCUGUCGGAGGCCAAGGUGAACUGGGACAAAUCAGCUUACUUCUUACCUGCUGAAUAUGAGUUGUCAGAUGACUGGACAAUGAAGCGUAUUAGAGAAGCAGAUUCCGAGAGGUGCCUGGGAGUGCAGAUUUCGCUAACAGACAGCAGGCCAGUACAAGACACGAUCUUGGUGGGGAGGACGGAGGCUGCCAUCAGUAAGUGCAGAGGGGCAACGGGCCUGUCCCUGCUGGGCAAAGCCACAAUAAUCACAUCACUCAUUUUUUCGUUACUAUGGCAUAUUGCAGCGGUAAUCAUGAUCUAUAAACCAACAAUUCGGAAGGUGAAACGAGCGGCAGCUAAGUAUCUCUGGAAGCACAAAGCAGAGGAGCAGGAGGGCUUUAUUACUAAGGUGGCGUGGGACAAAGUGACGAAGCCCAAGGACCAGGGGGGCUUGGGCAUCAUUGACCCAGAGAAACAGAACACGGCCCACUUGGGGAAGUGGAUCAUGAAGGCGUCAACUCAAACGGCGCAAAGAUGCUGGUUGGAAAUAAUACAGUACAUCAUCCAACAACAGUUCCAUCUAAACACAACGAAGGAAGUUUGGACCUGUCUGCAAAUGUCAAGCUUUGUGAACAGACGCCCGAAGUCGAUCAUUGGGCGGGCUUGGUGGAUCGCAUGGAAGAGGUUAAGACCCCCAGAGGGGCCGGACCCACGGCUGAAGGAGGAAAUUUUGAUUCAGCCGUUAUUUGACAAUCCAAGGAUCCGACAAGGGGAAGGCUCCACCUUUUCGGCAGCGUUAACACCAAGAGGGAGUUUUGGGAGGAAAUGGGUGGAGAAAGGGGUGACACAGGUCAAAGAAAUUUGGUCGGAGGAUGCUAAGGAAUGGAAGUCGGAAAGAGAACUCCGAAAUCAGCUGGGGAGACUAAGAGGAGUGGGUGAGAAGCUUCAGCAACUAAUGGAGGCAAUUCCCCAAGCUUGGCAGGAGAUUCUUAAAGAAGAUAAUAAACUGAAGUUUGGGGCGUGGUACAAAGACAUGGAUACUCCGGGAGUGCCAGACGAGUUCUAUAGAGUGGAAGAAGGUGGGGAAGAAGGUGGGGAAGAAGAAGAGUGGAUAGCCUCGCGGUGGGUUAUGGCCCAGGCAAAAAACUCAGAAGGUAAUCUGAGAAGGGAAGGGCAGAGACUUAUCAACCGAGAGCAGAACUGGAUAGCAGUCAGAGCAAUCAGGACUCUGGAGAUAAAUGGAAGAGAAGGUUGGAGAGUGAUACAGGGAGGAAAAGCAAUUACUGAACUCCGCCUAGACCCUGGAGCAGUGGUGUGGACAGCUACAGGGACAUGCAUCACGCUCGCACAGUACACAUCCAAGCUGGGUCGGAAAACUCAGGAAGACCAAGUAUCAUACAUACAAGAGAUUCGGGAUAGGACAGGUCAAAAGAUGGAGCAGGAAAGUCGCCAAGCACAGCCAGAGGCAAACGAGGUUCCGCUGUCAGAAGAGGACCGGAUCAGGUCGCUAAUAGCGAAAUGCUAUGAAGACGGGGUUUCCCCAGAAAACCUACGACACGGAGAGUUCGUUAUCAAGAAUGGCGUCCGCAUCUUCAAGGUCAACACGCAAAUAGACAAAUUAACGACGGCAUGGCUCAAGGAGAGGACUAUGACGGUGAUUUUUCAAGGGGAAGCGAGGGAUUUACUGAUAAAAACUAGGGAAGACCUGAUUCGGGCGUACGAGAAUGGUUGGCAAAGAAAGAAGACGUUUGCAAGAGGUUUUAAGAGAGGAAGGGUUCACGGUGAGGGGCCGAAUGUGAUGUCAUACGUCGCGAGAUCAAGAGAGGUGGCACAAUGGUUACUGGCGAAGGCGGAUGACGUGGUGGUAAUUAGAGGAGUAGAAUAUAAGAUGCUAUUUAAAGCAUGGAUGACAAGGGCGGAACUGGAGGAACAGAGAAGACAAGAUGACGAAACAAAAUUCUGGGUCGUUGCCCUGAGAGUGCCGCUCCGUGCCAUGUUCCAUUUGCGAGAUCUUGUAACACAAGCGAUGGGCCCGAUUAUCACUCGACACCCCCCAGAGCCGGAUGCCACAAGACCCAAGCUCAUGAACCUGAAGUUCAAGCUUGCAAGAGAAGCCGAAGAAAAAUUUGAGGCCAUCCUUCCAAUGAAGCUCGAUGAUGGGGAACUCUACAAUGCAUAAUUUGUUAAUAAGAACACGUCGUGGUGCACCCGCUGUAAAUGGUGGUUCCACACGGACUCCGACGGAUGCCCAGGACCCG